CGACGACCUCCUGGACAGCAAGUAGCUGGCGUUGCCCUUUCUCCAGGUAGGAUUAUGCUACGGGCAGACAUUUUUAUUGCCACUUCUUUUCUGGAGUAAAAAAAGCAUUUCCGCCUUUUCCCUGCUUCAUACCGUCAAAAACCCCCUCUUCGUCACGCCUCCCAUCACCGAGCAUCAUGGACUACGAAGCGUUGAAGGACCAAUGGAGCGAUAUCGAAGAUCGCGAUGGCAUUAGGCUCAGUUGGAAUACGUUUCCAAGUUCUCGAAUGGAGGCAUCCAGACUGGUGGUCCCCAUCGCAGCCGUCUAUACGCCCCUCAAGGAGAAGCCGGAUACUCCAUUGCUACAAUAUGAACCGGUAACUUGCAAACAGCCUUGCAGGGCUGUUCUUAACCCUUAUGCCAAUGUCGACGUUCGAGCGCGAAUUUGGAUCUGCCCCUUCUGUCUUAUGCGCAACCCUCUACCUCCUCACUACAAGGACAUCACGGAAAAUGCGAUACCCCCAGAGCUCCACCCCCAGAGCACAACGAUUGAGUAUCAAUUGGCGCGUCCUGCAUCUGCCCCGCCGAUCUUCCUGUACGUCGUGGAUACUUGCCAAGAGGAUGACAGCUUGAAGGCUUUGAAGGAUACCUUGAUUAUGAGCUUGUCUCUUUUGCCUGCAAAUGCUUUGGUUGGGUUGAUCACCUUUGGUACAAUGGCACAAGUGCACGAACUCGGAUACACUGAAUGCGCCAAGUCAUAUGUCUUUAGGGGAAAUAAGGAGUAUGCCGCGAAACAGGUUCAAGAGAUGCUUGGCCUUCUCUCACCUGGACUACGACAAGCUAUGCCUCAGCAGAUGGCUCGCCCAGCCCUGGGUCCGGCAGCACGAUUCCUUUUGCCCGUUCAACAGGCCGAGUUCCAGAUAACCAACGUGCUUGAACAGCUGCAGCGCGACCCAUGGCCUGUUGCAAACGAUAAGCGACCGCUGAGAUGUACAGGUGUUGCAUUAAAUGUUGCUGUUGGCCUCCUGGAGACCUCUUUUCUCAAUACAGGUGGACGCAUCAUGCUCUUCACGAGCGGACCUGCUACUGAAGGUCCGGGCCAUGUCGUCUCACCCGAGUUGAAGGAACCGAUACGAUCUCACCACGACAUCGAUCGGGAUAACGUCAAGUACUUCAAGAAGGCAGUCAAGUUUUACGAUAACCUCGCCAAACGGGCUGCGCACAAUGGGCAUGUUGUUGAUAUCUUUGCAGGGUGUCUUGAUCAAGUUGGCCUUUUCGAAAUGAAGAACCUCGCGAAUUCUACCGGUGGCCACAUGCUUCUCACGGACAGCUUUACAUCGUCCCAGUUCAAACAAUCCUUUAUUAGGGUUUUUGACAAGGAUCAGAAUGACAACCUUCUGAUGGCUUUUAAUGCAUCUCUGGAGGUGCUCACUACCAAGGAGCUUAAGGUCACAGGUCUUAUUGGCCAUGCGAUCAGCUUGAAUAAAAAAUCGAGUUCCGUGGGUGAGACUGAAUGUGGUAUUGGCAACACUUGCGCGUGGAAAAUGUGCGGAAUUGACCCUGCUUCAAGCUACGGUAUUUACUUUGAAAUUGCAAACCAAGGCGGGCCUGCGGCCGUGCAGCAGGGUCCUCAGAGAGGAUUAAUGCAGUUCUUGACCUACUAUCAACAUUCUUCUGGACAUUACCAUCUCAGGGUCACGACCGUUGCCCGGGCCUUGAGUGGCCCGGCCGGUGAUCCAACGCUCGCUCAGUCAUUCGAUCAAGAAGCUGCCGCGGUACUAAUGGCUCGCAUCGCCGUGUUCAAGGCGGAAGUUGACGACGGCCCAGAUGUUUUGCGCUGGGUUGAUCGCAUGCUUAUCAGGCUCUGCUCUCGUUUUGCAGACUACCGGAAGGAUGACCCGACGUCAUUCCGCCUGGAGAAGAAUUUCACUCUGUACCCUCAAUUCAUGUUCCAUCUCCGGAGAAGUCAGUUCUUGCAGAUGUUCAACAAUUCUCCUGAUGAGACUGCAUUUUAUAGGCAUGUUUUGGACCACGAAGAUGUUGGUAAUUCUCUCGUCAUGAUCCAGCCAACUCUUGAUUCCUACUCUUUGGAGCAUGAGGGUAGCCAGCCAGUUCUGUUGGAUUCGGCUUCCAUCCAACCUGAUCACAUCCUGCUUCUUGACACCUUCUUCCACAUCCUGAUUUUCCAUGGAGAGACCAUUGCCGAAUGGAGAAAGGCGGGCUACCAGGAUCAGGAAGGCUAUGAGAAUCUCAAAGCUCUUCUUGAGCGACCAAAGGAAGACGCAAGGGAACUGAUUGCAGACCGUUUCCCGUUGCCUCGUUUCAUCGUCUGUGACGCAGGUGGCUCUCAAGCACGCUUCCUCCUGUCCAAGCUUAACCCAUCCACUACCCACACCACCGGUGGGUAUGGCGGAGGUGUGACUUCGCAGACCAUCUUCACCGAUGAUGUUUCACUGCAGACCUUCAUGGAACAUUUGAUGAAGCUUGCUGUGUCCGGAACGAGCUAGAUAUUAUGAGGUAAUUGCUGUAACGAGAGCAAAAGGCGGUCCAAUAUCAGACACCCCGGUCGAUUUUUGUAUCUUUAGCGGUGCUAUUUGUUUGUUUGUUCUUUAAGACGCAAGAUAGUAAAUUAAACUAGUUGAUACUGUG